AUGGCCUCACCCCUUCGAGGAAAGACCGCUUCGCCCCGGGUGGAAACCACCCGCCACAAAGAGACGUCGACGGUCCGCGUGGAGACCUCGUCCCACCGCGUGGAGACCUCCUCCCGACUGGUACACACCUACUCCCAGCAAGUGGAGACUUCCCCCGGUCGCGGUGAGGGGCCGUUCCAAUCCCACUCCGGGAAGAGGCUCCCUCGCGUCCUCGAGGUGUCCUCACAGCGCGUGGAAACCUCACAGCGCACAGAAACGUCCUCGCGCCACGUCAAGGCCUCGUCCCUGCGGGUGGAGACGUCUCUGCACCACGUGGAGAGCCCUCCCCGAAGGGACAAGCCAGCAACCAGCCGGAAUGUAAAAAUGUCCCGAUGA